AAAAUAACGAAUUUGAUUAGGGUUUAGGGUUUGCCUAUAUAACAAAACGAUACAACUCUCUUCCAUUUUCUCGCUUCAGUCUUUCCCGGUCGCUAAGGACAAGCCACCGGCGUAGCCAUGGUUCACGUCAGUUUCUACCGAAACUAUGGGAAGACUUUUAAGAAGCCUCGCCGUCCAUAUGAGAAAGAGCGUUUGGACGCAGAACUGAAGCUUGUGGGAGAGUACGGACUCCGUUGUAAGAGGGAGUUGUGGAGGGUCCAGUAUGCCCUUAGCCGUAUUCGUAAUGCUGCAAGAAUGCUUCUCACUCUUGAUGAAAAGAAUCCACGCCGCAUCUUUGAGGGUGAGGCACUUCUCCGCAGGAUGAAUAGGUACGGGCUGCUGGAUGAGAGCCAGAACAAGCUUGAUUAUGUCUUGGCGUUGACAGUUGAAAACUUUCUUGAACGACGUCUUCAAACGCUUGUUUUCAAGACGGGUAUGGCUAAGUCUAUUCACCAUGCUCGUGUGCUUAUUAGGCAGAGGCAUAUCAGGGUUGGGAGGCAGGUGGUUAACAUACCCUCAUUUAUGGUGAGGGUGGACUCACAGAAGCACAUUGAUUUCUCCCUUACAAGUCCUCUUGGAGGUGGGCGCCCUGGAAGGGUCAAGCGAAAGAACCAAAAGGCGGCUGCUAAGAAGGCUGCUGGUGGAGAUGGAGAUGAGGAAGAUGAGGAGUGAAUUCUGUUAUCAAUAUAGGUAACGUGUUUGGGUAUCAUCUUUUCCGUUAUCGAAUUCCCUUUACUUGAUUGCCAUUCCCAGAACAUUGGUUGAGUAGAUGUUGGUAUGGGGUUUUUGUUUGUUGGUUUACAUGGACUAGAAUACUGAUGCUCCUCCUAAAUCGCCUUUUCUUAUUUCUUGUUAUGAAAUGAUGGUUGCUUAGUAAAUGGAUUAUGGCCUUGCUCGCUAAA